CAGAAAACACAACCUCACACAGAAAACACAACCACACGCAAAAACACAACUACACACAAACGCAAAGCUGAAAAUAUAGAAACAUUUCUGUCAAGACGUUUUUAUUUAAUUUAUUGUCCAUCUUGAUCGUCGUCAAAAGAGUUCAUGUUGGAACUCUUCUCCUGUGGAGUCAAUCCUCCUGAGAUUAUUUGAAACGAAGAAGACUUUGCGCACAACAUCAGUUUUUCCAACAUUUACUGGAAAUGUACAAGUUGUGUCUCUUGUUCUGCUGAUGUGGCCGUGGUCACCGAUGCUAGCUGUUAGCUCGGUAAGUACAAUGUUUUUCUUACUCUUUCUUUGGUUGGUUGGUGGUGUUCUGCAGUCCUUCCACAAGGAUCAGGAGCAGGCUUCAAUUUCUGUUUGAUAUUCCUCUAUAAAUGAUAACAUGGUAGAAAAAAAGUAAUGUGUACCGGACAGUUACACUUUCAUUACUGAGACAAAUCAUGAACAACACGAUGAAAUUGUGAUGUAAUGUUGUCAUGUGGUUUCAAUUCUUUUACUUUUUCCAGCUUGUCCUUUAACUCUGUGCCACUUCCUUUCCUUUCCUGUCGCUUUCUUUUCCUUCCUUUUCCUGUAUUCCUGCUUUCCGUCUCAGUCGUCUCAACACUGCAAAGGAAAUGGAAGCUUUUUGGAAAAGUUGUCUGCAGAAUCACAACAGUCUAAAGAAAAGAAUCAGCUUGUUUCUGGCUCGUCUGACGUAGCUUUGUCACCAGCAGAUGUCGCGAGUUAACUUUAACUGAACUUCAUAAAGUACUUCCUGUCAACAGAGCAUGAUUACUUCCUCACGCAUCAUAGAUGAACGUAGUUUGAACAAAGACCAGGAAGCAGCCUCUGAGCUUUGUCUCUUCUGUUUUCAGACUCUUGAAAUGUCUUCGUAGUUAUGUUUUAUUGUACAUCUCAGGUUAAAGGAUCUGGGUGAACGAGUGCCGAACUGAGAACCAGUUCUCCAGGUUUCAGCUUCUGCUCUGGCACAAGUUCAGUCCGAACAGAACCUGAACCAUGCUGCCUACAGGCAGGAUGGAAGCCAAAAGAAGAAAGGUUGACUGUCCGGAUGACUGUACAACAAAUCAGACUUCAGAGGAGGAGUCUGUGAAGGAAUUUAGAGAUGGAAAUGGGUCAACAGCCUGCCGGGCGGUUGAUCCAGAAACAUCACAAGGUGCUGAAACUCAAGUGGGAAGCACAACAAUCACAGCACAGACUGGAAAUGUCAUCUACAACCCUCAUAUGACUGGUGUCAACAUUGGAGGAGACAGUAAUACCAGUAUCACCAUUAACCACAAUACCACCUUUAACAACACAGACCGACCUCCAAACAGAACAGAUGAGACCACUGAUGUUUCUACUAAAACCAAAGUAAAGAUCCAAAAGUGCCAAGCUGAUCUAAAAUCUUACCUUGAAUCUGAAACAAAGAAUCUGAUUCAAGAAGCACAGGAAGAUGGAUCAUCAACUCCUUUGAACAAGAUCUAUACAGAGCUUUACAUCACAGAGGGAGACAGUGGGGAGGUUAAUCGUGAACAUGAAGUUGUUGAAUUAGAAUGCAAAAGGAGUUCAAGUGAGCAGAAGAAAAUUGACCUCAGUGACAUUUUUAAAUCGUUAUCAAACAAAGAAAAUGCUCCACAGAGAGUUCUGACCAAGGGAAACGCUGGGAUUGGAAAAACUGUCGCUGUACAGAAAUUCACUCAUGACUGGGCAACUGGAACAACCAACCAGACUGACUUCAUAUUUCCAUUCACAUUCAGAGAGCUGAAUUUAAUAAAAGACAAGUGUUGGAGUCUUAAAGAGUUAAUAGGUCACUAUUUUAAAGAAGUGAGGCAUUUAGAAACCUCAGACUACGACAGUUCAAGUAUUGUGUUCAUCCUUGAUGGUCUGGAUGAAAGCAAAUUGCCUCUGGACUUUGAGAAAAAUCAGAUGUGCCGGAGUAUUACAGACAAAAGAACGUUAGACUGCCUACUCACCAACUUAAUCAAAGGGAAACUGCUCCACAAAGCCUCAGUCUGGAUCACAAGUAGACCAGCAGCAGCCACUAAGAUUCCCUCCGAGUUCAUCCACAGGGUGACCGAGGUUCAAGGCUUUAAUGAUGAGCAAAAGGAGGAAUACUUUCAGAAGAAAGUCCAUGACAAGGGUAUGGCUCAGAAGAUCCUCAGUCAUCUUCGGUCCAAACCAUUAAGAAGUCUUUACAUCAUGUGCCACAUCCCACUCUUCUGUUGGAUUUCAGCCACUGUGCUCCUGAGUCUCCUCACAGAAACUCCCAAAGGUGACCUACCGAAGACUGUGACUGAACUGUACACACACUUCCUGAUCAUCCAGACCAAAUGUAAAAAUAAGAAGGAUUAUCAGAACUCUGAAACAGACAAAGAUGUGAUCAUGAAAUUGGGAAAGCUGGCAUUUGAACAGUUGCAGAAGGGCAACAUUGUUUUCUAUGAAGAUGAUCUGAGAAGUUGUCAGAUUGACCUGACAGAAGCUGCUGUCUAUUCAGGAGUUUGUACACAGCUCCUAAGAAAAGAAGCUGGUCUUCACAUACAAGUGAUGUACUCUUUCAUACAUUUAACUAUUCAGGAGUUUCUUGCAGCUCUGUAUGUGUUAGAAACCUUCAUAGAUAGCAGAAAGAAUCUGCUUCCCAGCAAGACAAGUAUGAAAGGGCCACCAGAGAACAGGAAACCUCCCCUCCAUCUCCUCCAGAAGACAGCAGUGGAUAUGGCUUUAGAUAAUGAUCAUGGACAAUGGGACUUGUUCCUGCGCUUCCUGCUGGGUCUUUCACAGGAAAAGAAUCAGGUUCUUCUUCAGGGAGUAUUUGGAGACAGAGGAAGACAUCUAAGGGGUAACAAGCAGACAAUCACCUAUAUUUACACAAAGCUGAAGACUAAGAGAUUGUCCUCCACCAACAAAAUUAUCAAUCUGUUCCACUGUUUAAAUGAGUUGGGCGACCAGUCUUUGGUAAAGCAAGUCCAACAGUACCAGAACUCAGGAGAUGUUGGUGAAAUCUCACCUGCACACUGGUCAGCUAUGGCAUUUCUGCUGCUCAGUUCCAAUGAAGACCUGGAUGUCUUCGACCUGAAAAAAUACUACGAAUCAGAUGAAGUUCUGGAGAGGCUGCUGCCUGUGCUCAAAGUAUCAAAGACUGCUUUGUUAAGUAGCUGUAACCUCACAGACAGAUGUUGUAAGCAUAUUUCAUCACUUCUCAGCUGGAAGUCUUCUGGUCUGGAGGAGUUGGACCUGAGCAUGAAUAGACUCCAGGACUCUGGAGUGAAGCUGAUCUCAGAUGGUCUUAGAAGUGCUAACUGCAAACUUCAGAGACUUCGGCUGAGUGGCUGUAAUCUGUCAGAGAGAAGCUGUGAAGCUCUUUCCUCAGCUCUCAGCUCCCAGUCCUCUAGCCUGAGAGAGGUGGACCUGAGUAACAACGACCUGCAGGAUUCAGGAGUGGAGCUGCUGUCUGUUGGACUGAAGAGUCCACAAUGUAAAAUAGCAACUCUCAGGCUGAAUGGCUGUAAUCUGUCAGGGAGAAGCUGUGAAGCUGUGUCCUCAGUUCUCAGCUCCCAGUCCUCUAGUCUGAGAGAGCUGGACCUGAGUAACAACAACCUGCAGGAUUCAGGAGAGGAGCUGCUCUCUGUUGGACUGAAGAGUCCACACUGUAAACUGGAGAUUCUCAGGCUGAGUGGCUGUAAUCUGUCAGAGAGAAGCUGUAAAGCUCUGUCCUCAGUUCUCAGCUCCCAGUCCUCUAGUCUGAGAGAGCUGGACCUGAGUAACAACAACCUGCAGGAUUCAGGAGUGAAGCAGCUGUCUGUUGGACUGAAGAGUCCACACUGUAAACUGGAGAUUCUCAGGCUGAGUGGCUGUAAUCUGUCAGAGAGAAGCUGUGAAGCUCUGUCGUCAAUUCUCGGCUCCAAGUCCUGUAGUCUGAGAGAGCUGGACCUGAGUAACAACGACCUGCAGGAUUUGGGAGUGGAGCCACUGUCCGUUGGACUGAUGAGUCCACACUGUAAACUGGAGUAUCUCAGGUUGAGUGGCUGUAAUAUGUCAGAGAGAAGCUGUGAAGCUCUGUCCUUAGUUCUCAGCUCCCAGUCCUCUAGUCUGAGAGAGCUGGACCUGGGUAACAAUGACCUGCAGGAUUCAGGAGUGAAGCCGCUGUCUAUUGGACUGAAGAGUCCACACUGCAAAAUGGAGACUCUCAGGUUGAGUGGCUGUAAUCUUUCAGAGAGAAGCUGCAAAGCUCUGUCGUUAGUUCUCAGCUCCCAGUCCUCUAGUCUGAGAGAGCUGGACCUGAAUGAUAACAACUUGCAGGAUUCAGGAGUGAAGCUGCUGUCUGUUGGACUGAAGAGCCCACACUGCAAAAUGGAGACUCUCAGGCUGAGCAGCUGUAAUCUGUCAGAGACAAGCUGUGAAGCUCUUUCCUCAGUUAUCAGCUCACGGUCCUCUCAUCUGAGAGAGCUGGACCUGGGUAACAAUGACAUUCAGGAUUCAGGAGUGAAGUUGCUGUGUGUUGGACUGAAGAGUCCACACUGUAAACUGGAUACUCUCAGGCUGUCAGGCUGUCUUAUCACAGAGGAAGGCUGUACGUCUCUGGCCUCGGCUCUGAGAUCCAACCCCUCCCAUCUGAGAGAGCUGGACCUUAGCUACAAUCAUUCAGGGGACUCAGGAGUGAAGCUGCUGUCGGCUGGACUUGAGGAUCCAGACUGGAGACUGGACACUCUCAGGGUGGAACAUGGUGGGGAGCAGAGGCUGAAACCUGGUCUGAGGAAGUAUGUCUGUGAACUCACAGUGGACACAAACACAGUAAACAGAAACCUCAAACUGUCUGACAACAACAGGAAGGUGACAUAUAUGUCAGAGGAGCAGCCAUAUCCUGAUCAUCCAGAGAGGUUUGACUCCUGGCCUCAGCUGCUGUGUAGAAAUGGUCUGACUGGUUGCUGUUACUGGGAGGUUGAGUGGAGAGGAGAGGUUCAUAUAUCAGUGAGUUACAGAGGAAUCAGCAGGAGAGGAAACAGUAAGGACUGUUUGUUUGGACGGAAUAAUCAGUCCUGGAGUCUGGAGUGCUCUGAUGAUGGCCGGUACUCUGUCUGGCACAAUAAGAGAGGAACAGUCCUCUCCUCCUCCUCCUCCUCCUCCUCCUCCUCCUCCUCUGUCUCUAACAGAGUAGCAGUGUAUGUGGACUGUCCUGCUGGCACUCUGUCCUUCUACAGAGUCUCUGACUCACUGAUCCACCUCCACACCUUCAACACCACAUUCACUCAACCUCUUUAUCCUGGAUUUGGGGUCUGGUUCAGAUCAUCUGGUUCCUCAGUGUCUAUGUAGGAGGGACACACACACAAUCUCUCUCUCUCUCUCUCUCUCACACACACACACACACACACACACACACACACACACACACACACACACACACAAACACUCUGUAAAUCACAGUAACAGAAAUGGUUCAGUUGUUUUGUGUCUUUUUGGUCAAUGUGCUGCACAUCAGUUAAAUUUAAAUAUGUUUUGAAUGUUCAGAUUUCAGUUUUCUGAACUUUGUGAUCUGAUUGUUUUCUCACAACAAUCAGUCUGUAAAUACAAUACAACCAGGCUGCACACAUACAUGCAUAUAGAUCAUCAUAAUGAUGAUCUUUGUUCAGACAGGUUGUAUUUUGUUGAUGUGUCAUUCAUCAUUGAAGUUUGUCAUUUGUCUUAUUUGAGUUAUUAUCUGUAAAUAUGUGUCUAUGAGUGGAUAGAGCUGCUGCUACGUGCAGACGGACCUCCAUUACAAAAUCUCCCUGUAGAGUCCAAGAGCCAAAGACUUUCUGUCAACACUUCAUCAUCUCACAUCAUCUGUCAGAAUAAACAUUUGACUUUCUCA